CCGGGCCGGGAUGGGGCAGGAUCGGAUGUUCAAGGUGCUGGUGGUGGGGGACGCCACGGUGGGCAAGACCUCGCUGGUGCAGCGCUACGCCAACGACAGCUUCAACCGGCACUACAAAUCCACCGUGGGGGUGGAUUUUGCCCUGAAGGUGGUUCAGUGGUCGGAGUCGGAGACGGUUCGGCUGCAGCUCUGGGACAUUGCAGGGCAGGAACGCUUCACCUCCAUGACCCGGCUGUACUACAGGGAGGCCUCAGCCUGUGUCAUCAUGUUUGAUGUCACCAACGCCAGCACCUUCAGCAACAGCCACAAGUGGAAGCAGGACCUGGACAGCAAGCUGGUGCUGCCAGACGGGAGCGCCGUGCCCUGCCUGCUGCUGGCCAACAAGUGUGACCUCUCCCCGUGGGCCGUGAGCAGGGACGAGAUCGAUCGCUUCAGCAAGGAAAACGGAUUUUCAGGAUGGGUGGAGACGUCUGUGAAGGAGAACAAGAACAUCCACGAGGCCAUGAGUGCUGAAAAUUGA